AUGCAACGCUCCGACGAGGGCGGCAGUGCCAACCACAGCGCGGCCGCUCCUCAGAACGCGAUCUCGCGACCAUUUACGCUGCAGGAAUCUCUGCCGUACUCUCCACAAACCUCAACCGUGCCGUUUGUUUCUGAAAUCAUCCCCGACCCUAGCCUGGGUUUCGGCUCGCCCGCUCCUUCCAUCUCAGAUCUCUUUCCACAUAGCGAAUACGAGCGACUGAACAAAGAGGCUCUCGGCCAGCCUCACCUUCCACGAAGCACCAAGCAAGCCGUUGACCUCGUCCUGCACGAAAUCAAGCCUUCUCAGAGGACCCAUUACAACUUCAAGUCCGUACUGGCAGGGCAGCCGAACCCGCGGUCUGCUAGCCUCUCGCAGGGCCUGUCUCCCAUUGCGCGGGUCGUCUAUGAGAAGGUCGGGGGCUACUUCAAGGCGACCAAACCGAAUGUUGCGGGCCCUCACGCUGCUGGCGUUAACGGCGACAAGAGCCACACACUCGCAGCGGACAUGGCGGUGCCAAGCAGUGCGCCCGAGAACCCUGGAGCUCCUACAGAUGGCCAAGCGAAAUCCAAGGCUCGUGGGUCAAGGAUUGAGGUCCUGAUUCCGGCCAGAAGAGGCUUUGACCCGUCAACUUAUGUCGAUGCCACUGCCUCUUCCAACGUCCAGGCUUCCCCUGAAUCGCCGGUGCAGAAAGCACUACCAACCGUGCCCACCACCCUGGAUGAUAAGCAGACUAAUGCUGACUUUGCAUCCUCCGAUGCAAACAACGUCAACUAUAACCAUGCCUCCUUCCGAGUCGAGCUUCCUUCGUCGCAUAUCAAGAAGGACGAGUAUCUGGAAUUUGCACAUGUGCCGUCUGCCCCCGAUAACCUUUCUUCCCGCAAAGAUGAUCGGCACGCAGCUCCAGACGGCCAAGGCCUCGUUAGCAAUGUCAGCCUUGGCCAACAGCAGCGAGCAGAAACCGCCCUUGAGUCGAUCAACACCCUUAUGCGGAGUGUCUUCGCGGCGGUUGGACAUGCCAUUGCUAUGGAACCGGGACAUGACCAAGUCGUGACGCUGAACAAUCACAACGAGGUCAUCAUGAACGGCGGAAUGCACCAGAAGCUACAGAGCGCCAUGCAGAAGGCCAUCUCACUCAAAUGUUUUCACAGAGUCCCUAUUGAGGACCUCCUCCACAUCAUGAAGUUGAGCGAUAACAGCGUCCGGGCGGCUGAAGCAUUGGAACUUCGGGUUGACGAAACCUGGGAUGAAGCCAGCCUUGAAUCUUGGGUUCAACAGCUACCAGAUGUUGAGCUGGGCAUGAAAGCUGCGCGUACAUGCCUGCGGAUCUUGUCCGGAGGCCGAGAGGAUAAGCGGCUCUACGCAGAAGGCGCCAUGACCAGAUGCUUCAACGUCUUCAAGACCGUCACCGAAGACAUCAUAAUCCCUCUUGUUGAGCUUCGCAACUCGUCCUCUUCGGCAAGCCUAUUCCGGAUGAUGGUCAAGCACAAAAAGGCCUUGUCAUCUACUUUCGUCUGCUGUCAACGGCUGUUCGCCACCCUUGCGGAGUUGAUCACGAAAGUUGAACUUUCGGAGAGCGUUCUGAAUGCUCUAGAGUACACCGCGUCCAAGCUGGUGUUCGUCGAGAACGCCUAUUUUGAGAAGGAUUCGGUGGUCGGGGUGCAGCGAUUUGAUGGUAUCCGCAGUGUUGCUAUGGACAUGCUCUGCCAAAUCUUCCUCAUCAAGCCCGAUCAGCGACAGGGCAUCAUUGACGAUAUUCUUACGUCCCUUGAGAAGCUUCCCGUGGGCAAACAGAGCUCCAGGCACUUCAAGCUAGCCGACGGCGGCAAUAUUCAGCCAGUGUCUGCACUCCUCAUGCGAUUGGUCCAGGCCAGCUCUGGAAGGGUUCAGGAGAACGAGGGACGUCGCACUGCUGCACUCCGUGGCCUCGGCGAUGAGGAUGAUGAGAUGGAAGAGGAUGCCGAUAGCGAGGAUGAGCUCCCUGACAAGACGACCAAGAAGGAAAUGUUAUCCUCUGUUAACAGCGAGGAACAAGGCGCGCAGCAGCACGCCGUCGCCAUCCAAGAGCUGGAGGCGGCUGCUGAUCCUCUCAGCGAAAGCGCGGCGCGAAACGCUUCGUACAUCAUCAACUACAUAGUGAAGCGAGCAAUUGGAUCGACCAAGUCAGGCGACACCCCGUACCGAAACCUCUUGGAUCUCUUCGUCGAGGACUUCACCACAUGCCUCGACUCUCCAGACUGGCCGUCGGCGGAGCUGCUCUUGCGCCUCCUCAUGUUGAUGAUGGUCCAGCUCUUUGAGGCGCCCAGGACAGCCGCGCCCGCCAAGAACAUGGCUCUCGAGAUGCUCGGUCACAUGAGCGCGGCCAUAUCGCGUCUGCGGUCCCACGUCAAGCGGACUGCCAACUUGUUCGAGGUUAGCAACGUCGACGAGCUGUCACGAUAUCUGGCUGCCCUGGCGUGCCACGUUCUUGAGCAAAAGAGCCCCAUUGAGCACAUUGUUGCCUGGGACGGACCUUAUCGAGCGACGCUGGAGUUCCUGCAGGCUCGAUUGUCAGACGACCCUUAUCUAUUCAGCGCCGUGUCGUACCUCAUCACUGACUGGGCCACCCGGGUGCACACGGGAUACGAUGCCAUUCAGGACAAUGACGCUGAAAGAGACCAGGAACUGGGCCGCCUCGCCUACCGCCUUCGAAUGAUGAUCCAGGAUCGCCGGUGGCUUUCGAACGAGUACACGUUCAAAGCUGUGAGCGCGACUCAAGCCAAGCUUUCGUACUCCAUUCUCCUGCUGCAGUCUCCGCUCUUUGAAUCCUUCAACAAGAUCCUCAACAUUCUCCUUGGCUCCAUGGCAAGUGAUCAAGCAACAGUACGCAGCAAGAGCUUGAAGAGCAUCAAUCAAGUUCUGGAGACGGAUCCCUCUAUCCUGGAUGGCGAUUCCAUGGUGAUCCAGCUUAUCCUAGACUGCUCGAGCGACUCGUCUACGCAAGUGAGAGACUCUGCUCUUGGCCUUUUGGGAAGCUGCAUCGCGCUUCGGCCUGUUUUGGAAGCGCCAUUGACGCCCAAAGUCAUUGACCGCUUUCAAGAUGCUGGCGUGGGUGUCAGAAAGCGAGCCAUGAAGCUCGCCCGCGACAUUUACCUCCGCAAUCACGACAACGGACUUCGCAGCUCUAUAGCAAAUGGCCUGCUCCGACGUGUCCAAGAUCCUGAUGAUGGCGUUCGCGACCUCGCUCGCCAGAUGAUUGAAGAGGUCUGGUUCGCGCCUUUCUACGGCCGUGACAAUUCAGCCGCUUUUCAGACCUCCUUAGCUGAGCAUGUGGCUCUGAUCAUUCAGACAGUCAAGACAGGCAACGUGACGGAAAUUCUAGACAAGGUGUUCCAGUCUAUUCUCCGACCAAAGGACAAGUCGCUAGAGGGCCCAUUUUCUGUUUGCUCACAGCUGGUGAGCAGCAUGUUUAGCCUCAUCGACAGCGGAGAAUCGGAAGAAGGAGGCCCGACUGGCCGUGAUGCCCUGCAAGUGCUCACGAUCUUUGCAAAGGCCGAUCCCAAGUUGUUCAGUCUCGAACAGAUUAGACUUCUGAAACCCCAUCUCGCAAGCUUCAGCGGCAUCGACGAACUGGCAGCUUUUCGAGCAGUGACGGUGAUUUACAAACGCGUCCUGCCUCAGCUGCCGACGGUGCCCAAUGAGUUUCUGGUGGAAAUUCGCCUGCAACUUCUCAAGGGUAUCGGGAAAAUUGCUUCGCGCGGUGCUUUGGACGACCUAAUUGCAUGCACAAAGGUUGUCUGCGAUUUGCUCAACGACUUUGGACCAUUGGCCAAUCUGGUCGCUUCAGGCAUACUUGGCAUUCAGAAGCUGAGGGCUGGAGGUGCAUUGCUGGACAGCAAGAAGAUCAAUUUCUUUUCGGCCUAUUCCAUCAUCGUGGGCAACGUUGGCAAGCACUGCGACCUGGAUAAGCAGAAAUCAGUGUUCCGGGCUCGUCUUCCCAAAUGGGAGGGAGAUUCGGUUCCCCGGCUCAUUGUAGAUGUGCUCUCGCCAUUCACCUCGCCUUCCCAGCCGCUGGAGGCACGAAAGGCGGCUCUUGAUGCAAUUGGUAUGGUUUGUCAGUCGUGGCCACGAAAUUACGUCCUGGCUCAAGUCUACACGGCCUUUCAGCAGGUCUUCCAAGAACAGGUUCCCAUGCUUGAAUCCAUGAUCUUGAAGUCGUUCAAGGAAUUUUUGCUCACAGAAGAGAGCCGAUCUGAGCAGGGAGCCGAAUCCGGGGCGACUGAUAAGAAACGGGAGCUCACGGUCAUGGGCGGCACUAACUUUGACGACGUGGCCAGCGCUACUACCCAGAGGUUCCUCAAGGACAUUACACGCAUCGCUCUGGGAAGCCUAGACGAGCACGCCUUUCUGGCAAUGGAAGUUCUGGGAAGCAUCAACCGCCAAGGCCUGACACAUCCCAAGGAGACGGGAGUGACGCUGAUGACGCUGGAGACGUCGUCAAACCGAAAGAUUGCCGAGCUCGCCUUUCUAGAGCAUCGGUCACUCCACGAGAAGCACGAGUCGGUGCUCGAGCGCGAAUACGUCAAGGCUAUCCAGUCGGCAUACAACUACCAGCGAGACAUUGUCAAGGACUCUCACGGAGCCAUCCCCGAAGUGUUCCAGCCCAAGUUGCACCUCAUGAUGGAGGUGUUGAAGAUCAGCAAGAUGAAGAACAGGCAGCGCUUUUUGGAGAAGCUCUGUGGACAGAUCGACUUUGACAUUGCGCAGCUUGACGCAACGGAAGAGAUGCCCCCGCAUCUCGACUACUCCCGAUUCAUCAUUGAGAACAUGGCCUUUUUCGAGUAUCAGACGGUUGGAGAGCUCCAGACAGUUGUGAGCAUGAUGGAGAAGAUUGUGAGCACAACCGGCGCGACCCUCGCUCACCUCAUCGAAUUGGAGGUCUUUGACGUGCGGCUCGACCCGGACAAAACGGAACAAGAUGAGGUUACGGGUCAGCUCAUGACGGAGACGACUGAAGCGCAGGCGGUUGCGGAGGGAGAUAUCCUUCUCGGCGUCAAGGUAGACCCGGGCCGACUGCGUCAGUUGACAACGGGCGCCGUCAUCCUCUCUUGUCUGUGGGAAGCCCGUACGCAUCUUCGGCGCCUGUAUGGCAUGGGAACGGGCCGACACGACGGCAAGGCCAAGGCACUCGCCAAAGAUCUCAACAAGAUGCCGAUGAAGGUGCAAGGAGUUCAUGGAGAGCGAUUCUGGGACGAGGUGACCGCGCACGUGGGCAGCCUGGAGACUAUGAGCAAGAUGGCACACAAGUGUAAGGCCUUCGUGGAGCUGAUGAACGUCGACAAGGAGCUCAAGGUGCAGGACGACGAUGAGGAGAUGGCCAUGGACGGGCCAAGUACGCCUAGCGAAGGCGAUGCUGACCGUGCAACACCCGAACGGGGUCGCAAGAGGAAAGGCGCAGGCACUCCCGGAGGCCGCAAGAAGCGCGCUCGCUCGGGAUCUCAGCCACGCAAACGGGGUCGGCCACGCAAAGCGGCGGAGCCACGCGAUGAAGAUGAUGAUAUGGAUUGGAUCUAG